GGUUGAGAGAAUGCCAAGAGUGCAAAGCUGUCAUCAAGGCAAAGGGUGGCUACUUUGAAGAAUCUAAAACAUAUUUGGAUUUGUUUAACACUUUUUUGGUUUCUACAUGAUUCCAUAUGUGUUAAUAGUUUUGAUGUCUUCACUAUUAUUCUACUAAUGUAGAAAGUGGAAAAUAGUACAAAUAAAGAAAAACCCUUGAAUGAGUAGGUGUCCAAACUUUUGACUGGUACUGUAUAUACAGUGAACAAAAAUAUAUAUGUAACAUGCAAUAAUUUCAAAGAUUUUACUUAGUUACAGUUCAUAUAAGUAAAUCAGUCAAUUUAAAUAAAUAAAUUAGGCCCUAAUCUAUGGAUUUCACGUGACUGGGCAGGGACGCAGGCAUGGGUGGGCCUGGGAGGGUAUAGGCCCACACGAAGGGGAGCCAGGCCCAGCCAAUCAGAAUUGAGCUUUUCCCCACAAAAAGGAUUUAUUACAGACAGAAAUACUCAGUUUCAUCAGCUGUCCGGGUGGCUGGUCACAGACAGGUGAAGAAGCCGGAAGUGGAGGUCCUGAGCUGGCAUGGUUACAUGUGGUCUGCGGUUGUGGAAAAGGAAAAUGCAAUGAAUAUUUACUCUGAGCUGCACUUCAAUAGGUUGGUGGUAGAUGGAAGGCCGUGUUGCCCAGCAGAAUCCUUUGUCCUUUGAAGAGUGGUGGUGAACGGGAAAUGUUCUAGUGUUAUCGUUGUGUGGUGGACGGGAUGCUCCAUCUGUCCCCUCCUAGCCAACGUUUACAGGGGCUGUUGCAAACUCAACGGCUAGGAGGUAUCUGUCACGUUCUGCCCAUCCCUGUUAGCACCAUGACUAUCGGGAUUUUUGGCACGUGGGACCAUCAGUUCAAUGCCACUGAGCAAGCACUCACAGAUAAGAUCAAGAACAACCCUUGCUAUCCAUUCACUAUAGUGAAGGACGUGUUUGUUCUUGAAUACCUGCAUGAAAACAUCUGGAAAGGUUCACUGCUACUGAUCGCUUCCACCAUUGGAACUGCCUGUUACAUGAACAUGGAGUUUGGGGUGUGUGAGUGCUCCCAUGAGGAAUAGGCACACAACCUGAAAUUGCCCGACAUGCUAUUUCUCUUUUUUUAAUACGGGUUGAAAAGGGAGAAUUGUAAACACAUCUCACAUGUUUAGUUUUCCCUUUGUGAGCAGUUAUAAAUCUCAUACCAUUAACUGUUGUCCUAGUCCUUUCUUCAGUCGUUCUCCCUUCGACUGACCUUUACCAUAACCUUUAAGCUUACCUCUUCCUGGUUCAGGACCAUCACAAGUAUACUGGGUUCCUGGUGUUCAGCAUGUGUCUCUCUCUGUGGCUGGUCUGUUCCGGGGCCUUCCGCCGGCGCCUGGUGAUCGAUCACAAGAAGAAGGAGUACCGCUACUACAUCCACACACACCUACGCCACAGGGGCCCCUUGCACCAGAUCUACAUACGCAUGAUAGCGCAGAAAAGUGGACAGGUACUGCUGAUGUACAAGCUGAUGCUGAAUGGAUACAAGAUUGAAGAGAGGGAACUCAGUGGCUUCUCAGAGAAAUAUGAGCUGUUGGAGUGCCAGGGCAGGAGGAUAGCGACGAAACUCAACCUCAAUUACUUUGACUACCAGGACACUUCUAAACGCCACCUUGUCAUCCACAGGCCCAAAAUCAUCCUGUCUGCUAACAAUGAUCGCAACAAUCCACCUGUCUGAGGAUGAGGAAGUUCCUCUGUGAUCAAUCACGUGGUGCUGUCAGUGUCCCUGCCAUGUAGCCUUUACCCUAUCCUUAUUCCAUAAACAGACCAAAUUUAAAUAUUGUGUUUCUAACUGUAAUCAAAUGUCUCUGUGUCUUUUUCAUGAUAGUUUUCUGAAAUAUCUCUUGAAAUCAUUGAUUUGGUCUUCAUCCUGUAACACCAACACAGUUCUUGAGAAUGUAAGAAUGAAACACUAACAAUGUUUUACUAGCCAGAUCCCGCCUUCCUUCUAGAAUGACCCAAUGAAAAUACAGAAAUAGACAUUCACAUAAAUUUAACAGGGCCAGUGUGUUUAUCGCAGCGCAGCGGUCUAAGGCACUGCAUCUCAGUGCUUGGGGCGUCACUACAGACACCCUGGUUCGAAUCCAGGCUGUAUCACACCUGGCCGUGAUUGGAGUCCCAGCGGCGCACAAUUGGCACAGCUUUGGCCGGGGUAGGCCGAAUUUGUUCUAAACUGACUUUCCUAGUUAAAUGAAGGUUAAAUAAAAAAUGUUUUAAAAAAAUCAGGGUUGCCAUGUUCGUGAUAUUCUAGCCAAUUGGGCUACUUUGAAAACGAUGUCGCUGGUGAAAAUCUAUUGAUCGUAGGGGGGGCGGGUUUUUGGAAUAAUUCUAAAUUGCACUGCGGCUGCCAUGUCAUUUAUCUUAAAAAAUAUUAAUACAGUAUAUUUCAUUGUGACCUGCUGCUGCUGACUAUCAGGCAGUGACUAGGCUGUUACAGGGGGAGUGGAGGGGAGGGGGAGGGCCAAAGGUGUGUGUGUGUGUGUGUGUGUGUGUGCGUUGAGAGCACUGGUUGAGAUAGUGCUGCUGCAGAGGCAGCUGAGUCACCGCGACAGAGCAGCACGUCAUGACAAUGUUUUACCAGUUGUAGGUAGGCUAUUUAGAAAUGUCAUUAUGGAGACAUUAUUUAUCCAUAAAACAUAUUAACGCUUUAGAACUUACAUAACAGCAACAAAGCAUUGGAAAACGACUUCAUCUGCAUUGUUUGGGGUUUUAGGCUGGGUUCCUGUAUAGCACUUUGUGACAUCUGCUGAUGUAAAAAAGGGCUUUAUAAAUGCAUUUGAUUGAUUGAGAUACAUUCUAAAUUGCAUUCUAAUGCCGACUUUUCUCACGGAUAACCGUGUCAAGCUAAGGGUUUUACUCGUGCUCAGUUAUAGGGUUUAAAUUUGAAGUUAUGGAACUCGUGCUUCUGUUAUGGGGAAAAAGUCCACAAUGAAAAUGACAUUAAAUGUGGAGAAUUAUGGGGGACAUUUGCAUUUGUUGGCCAUCAAGUAGGCUAUUAAUUGAUAUGGCAUGGCAUUGUAUAGCCUGCCAUUUGCUACAAUAAAUAUGUUGAAUUUACGAUAUCAAUGGAGUCAUUGCAAAUCAAUUUGUGCCACUUGUGCAGCCCACCUGGAGCUGGUAAACGGUUUUAAUAAAUUGCCUAUAACUCA